AUGCUCAAGACUAAUUCUUUAAGAAUCGCUAGAACGCCACUAAAGACAUUGUUCCCUUCUAUUGUUCGUUUUGUUCACAAUACAAAUGGACUCCUUGACUAUGACAUUCUAGAACCUAAACAGAAAUCCCACAUACCCCCUGCUAUUUUCUUACACGGUCUCUUGGGAAACAGGCGUAACAAUAAGAGUGCUUGCAGAAUGCUCGCUGAACGUCUCCAAACACCCUUCAUUCUCCCUGAUUUGAGAAACCAUGGUACCUCAUUUCAUGCUGAACCUUUUACCUACAAAACAAUGACAGAUGAUCUCAAUUUUUUGAUUGAUAAUUUACCAGAGUCAAUUCCUAAAGAUGAAGGUUUUAUCAUUUUAGGACAUUCAAUGGGUGCAAAGGUUGCAAUGAUCCAUGCACUGAGACAUCCUGAUCAGGUGAAAGGUGUUGUUUCUGUUGAUAAUAUCCCUUAUGUAAAUCCAGAUAGAUCGUUGGACACUUUUGAAAAAUUCCAUAUUUCAAUUAGAUUUAUAUUGAAUUGUAUUAAGAAACAUCCCGAAUGGACAUUGUCUGAUUUAAAAAAACACAUGAUGAAAUGGGUCGAACCUAGCGAACUGAUUACUGAUUAUUGGUUGGCUAAUAUUACAAGGAGAGGCGGUGUUUUAACUCCAAAAGUUCCGCUUGAAAUGAUCAAUAAUUCCAUUGAAGAAGUUUUGGAUUGGAAACUAGAAGACUAUGGUGAUUUAGAAGAAUACGCUCAUCAAAAGAACAUGCCACCUCUAACGAUCAUUAGGGCAAAUUAUUCCAAAAUUGUCGGAACAGACAUUCAUAAGCAUGCAAUACAAAAAUACUUUCCUGAUUAUGAAAUCGCACCAAUUGACUGCGGUCAUUGGGUUGUCACUGAAAAGAGACCCGAGUUUGUCAAAAUUGUUGAAGAUUGGGCUUUUAGAAGAUUUGGUCCUGUUUAA